AUGUUGGCCGACUAUCCGCUGUCCCGCGUUCCCGGCGGACCGCUUUACAAUACGUCGGUGGUGAGUUCACGUGCACAUAAUAAUAUAAUAAUAUUUGUAUGCCAUACGCAUUUACAACCCGAUGACAGCAAUCGCGCGUUACCAUUGACCGGGCAUAGGGACGAUUGUAAAUGGGGCCGCGAUUAUUUGCGAAAAUCGCAUCGAAAAUAUAUUUUUUACGUCCGCCAGUAUGUAUGCGUGCAACGAUAAAAUUAAUUUAUGCGCAAGUAAACAGUCGGCAACACAGGUUACUAAUCAACUUUGUUAAAACCAUUUACGAUCGCCCCACCUGACACUAUCCAUUCGCAUAUUUAUUUAUCGCGGUUUGGAAAACGGCGGCGGUGUUUUUUUCGACAAAAUUUCGCGAAUUACUAUCGGUUCAUCGGGGACAAACCUCGCCAAACAUAUUGUUCAUAUUUGUUUCUAUUUACGAACGAACGUGACGUCCGAACAACCGGUCGUUGUGAUAUCGCGUCGCCGAAAGUUUCGUCGAUAAUGUUUUAUAAUCGGCCACCGUCGUUAUUUAUUUACAGGUAAAGCGAUACGGUACGUUUUCAUAAGUUCAGCAUUAUAGGGGAUAGUACCUGCAUAAUGUUGUUAAACCGAAAUAUAUAGACAAAAGGCAAGUAUCGACGAAAUCGACGUUCAUCACUCUAACCGCAGUCAAAAUGUAUAAAACAGUACGAAUAAUAUUAUGUUUAGACCGCAAACGCGUCGUUCAUAUAACGUAUAGCGAACGGUUUGCUCUUCGCGAUAAUUCCAGACCGUUAUUGUGAUUGACGAAAAUAUAUAAUGUGAUUUACCAUCAAUUUGAGACGAAAUUCACUUAAAUUCAAUGAAAUUCAUUCAUUUAUAUACGCCUCUAUCUGGGCAAUACCCUGUUCGCCCGAAAAUGGCAUUUCGCUUUACGCCCAAAUAUUUGAAAACUACUUUUCGUUUUCGCCCAAGAAAAUUAUAUCACUUUUGACAAUAUUUGUUUAGCAUGUACUUUGGGAAACGCUUACUUUGUUUUUAUUCGUGUAAAUUAGAAAAUUAAAUUUGGCGAUGGAUAUUUGUUAAACCGUAAGAGUCGUGAUUGUGUGCACCAGUUGUCGAAAUAAAAAUAUCAUUCUUGUCCGAAUAUAUAUUAACGCUCUACACGUUCUCGUAAGACAUCUCCAACGGGUAGAGCCGUCGUUUUUACUUGUCGAUCCAAAGUUAUAUUUAAAAUUAUUACGCACUUCCAUACGACAUCCUCGUUUACUUCUAAGGAUCCCCCGAUUUGACUGAUAAAUCCGUCGACAAUAUAAAUUGAAAUUUACCGAAAUAUAUUACUAGAAAUCGCGAUAAUUUUGAACUACUGAAAUUAUUUCCCUUGCAAUACAUUCACGAUACACAAUAUUACGAACAGCGUAAAUCAAAAUAAAACUCGAAACGCGUUCUUUUGCAUAACGCAGUGCCAGUGUUGUGCGCAACGUUGCAAAUGAUGACGCGCGUGAAUCACGGGCCCGACCCAUUAAGCGCGAAUCUAUAUUACCUAUUGUUAAUUGGGUGUUAUUACAAUAAUAAUUGUAAUUGAACAGUUAUAAUAUGUCAUUAUUGUUUUGCGCGUAAAAACCGUAGCCUUGAACGGAUUGGUUUUAAAAUUAACCUUUUCUCAUCGUGUCAUCGACGGACCGUCGUGUGUUUAUAUAAUACAAUGUUAUAGGCAUUAUACAGGUGUGUGUUGAGUAUAGUUUACUUACAACACACUCAUAAUUCGGCUAUAUUAUAUAGGCACUCGUACAGGAAUGGCUGAUAAUAUUAUACCGUAGUCUCUUCUCUCUCUCACUCUCUCUCUCUCUCUCUUGUCGCGCAGUAUAUAUUAACACGUUUCGAGUGCACUUAGCAUGUCCGCGGCUGUCCGGUCUGUAAUAAUUGUUCGUCUACAUGUAUACGCGCCUCGUACACGACUAUAACGAUAUUAUAUAAACCACAGAAAAUGUAUAAUUCAACGCAUAUGGUAAUAAUAUAUAUAUAUAUAUAGUAGGUAUACGCAUACCUGGCGUUUGAUCGCAAGACGAUAAAAUAUCGUUUUUCGUCCGUUAUUUUGACGGGAUACCACUAUCACAACAAGAUAUAAUGUACACCUACGCCCGCGACAAAAACCAAUAAUCGACCAAAAUAAUAGACAUGGCGGUUGUGUAUUAGGUAUUUUGAUUUUUGUUUUUCAAUUCGUUACAGUUUUCACCGCGAAAGGAUUCUCGCGGUGUAAUAUAAUAUACGACCGCCGUGAUCCGUGCGAAUAAAUCGUACAAUCGUUUUUCCGUUACGAUGUGUAAUGAUGGGCGCGCCAUCAAAUGCGACAACGGGAACGAUUCGAAAGCCGGAUUAAAAUUAAAAAAAAAAAAAAUCGGCCGGUUUUUCGCCGCGUAAUUCGCAGACCGUGUACAAUAUAAUGUACUGUGAUAUAAUUAACUGUGCGUACGAUUUUUCGAGACGUGCAAUUACCGUCUAAAACCGUUCGUCCGAGUCGUCGUCUAUUAAUUAUGUUAAGCGAACGAUGUGGGAGCGGGUGCACGGCGAGAUAUGGGGACGAAGGGGUAAACACGUUAAUCCCGCGCGCCGUCGGCCGAGUGUUUCUCGUACGAGAAACACUUCUACGUGGCGAAAAACAAUAUGCGCACACGCAUAUACGUAUAUACGUUCGUGAAAUAUAUCGGUCGGGAAAACAUGACGUUUUUGUAAUGCGUUUUUGUGCGUUUUAUACGAUUUACGCGCGUAUAUUGUACAUUUAUAGCCGGGUGUAUUAUAUCGUACACGUCCGAGAGCGGUGCAUAGGUAUACACAUUACAAAUGUAUACACGUGUAAACGACUCGUAAUAUGUGUUCUCGGCGCGGCUCGGGAUCAAAGGGCCGCGGCCCGGCGGGGGUGCGAAUCGUAAAACGAGCCUCUAAAAAUUAUUAUUGUAUACGGGGAGAGAGAGACCGGGAAAAAAAUUAUCGAAAUCGCGACGCGUUAUGUUAUUAUUCUUAUAAUAUACGCGCGUAUUAUAAUAUUAUUAUUAUAUAUAUUAUACAUUGUUAUAUUACAAUUAUUAUUGUACGCGAUACUGUUAUUAUUGUUAUUAUUACUAUAUAUUUUUAUAUUAUAUUGUCGUUUUUGCGCCAAAAGACGCCGCCGCGCCUUUAUGACCGCGUCUCGCGCCGCCUCGCGGAGGAAACGAAAACAUCGCCGAAAAUCGAUGUGGUAUAAGCGUUAAAAUUUUUGUCACCGUCGUCGCGUUUUCGUGUACGUUUCGGACACAUCGAGUUAUUUAUCGGUUCCAAUUACAUGUUCGUACGUAGGUGUGUGUAAAAUGUUCUCACCCCGUAUGUAUAGCCGCGCGCACCGUAUUCGAGGGUGCGUUCGGUCUCGCGCGUUAUUAUUAUACCGCGGCAACUGCGGCUAUCCGCGCGAUUUUUUUUUUCUCUCUGAAACCUUACACCGGCCGCCGCGCGACGUAUACUUUACACACGAGUACGCGAAAAACGCGUUAAUUUUCGAGAAAUAUCGGUGUAAAAAGGUACCCGCAGUUCGAAAACGUCCGCGGGAAAACGCCGUCGCCGACAUCUCGAUUGAUUCGCGACCGGCGGCGCAUGUACCGCGCGUCGGAAAAUCGGAAUUUUCCCGUUCCGCGGGUCCAUGUCCAUACUCGAUUGCGAAGCCUUCGAUCCUCGGUCCUUCCGCGAGUCCUUAUUUUAUAGGUUCGACUGUUUUAUUUUAUUUUCGGCCAGAGACGGCCUCUGGUUCAGGGGCGUUUGAAUUCAGUUCCCGGAGAAUAGCGCUGUCCGCCACUCGAUUCGUCACCGUUUUUUCGUACGCAUUCGAACGGCACGGAGACAUUUUGUCGAGAGCGUUCCGCCCGGCCGUCGCGUUUUAAGCCUUUUCAAGCUCGCCCUACAACGGCGCCGGUAUAAUCCGCGCCGACCGCGGGCCGCGACCCCGUCGAACACGCGCAAUAAAUUUUUUGCCGAAUAAAAAUCGCUUUUUAACGUCUCUUUCGGGCCAUUUACGCGUACAGUGUCGACACCAAAAACAAUACAAUCACGGCGUUUACUUCGGGGCGGUACGGCGAGAGAAUAUCAAAUUAUUAUCGCGUAUAUCGUACAAUUAUUAUAUAGGCGUAUAAAGAUAGCUCGGUACAUUUGGGAGCGGGACGAAUGCUGCAGUAGCCUGUAAUGUCAACACGUACACACUUCAGUACGGUACACGGAUAUCCAGACAUCCGUAGUUGUAAUGUACCGCGUAUUAUUGAAUUUUAUACGAAAAUAUGUGUCCACGGCGGAACGGGCGGUUUUUUCGAAUGAUUCCGGGCGUUCGCGAUCCGACAUCAUAUACGGAUCACGAACAUUGUAUACAUGUAUACAUGUAUAUACAUCGGUCUUUUCCGUAUUUUCUCGUAUUUACUAUCCGAUACAGGUUAACCCGCGCGUAUCCCUGCGCGCAUCGGAUAGCGCGAUAUAGCGCCGCACACCGGCCCGUUAUAAUUCACGGCGCGCGUACAUAGACUUUUGAACGCGCAAUAAAUACCGAGUGGUGACGCGUAUACGUGGUGAUACGCAAUACAAUGUAAUACAAUCGACGAGAAUACGAUAAUGAUACGUUUUAUAUAUCGAAUAUAUCGUAUUGUACAAAUAACGUGUACAAAACCGCAAGAAAAAAAAAAAGAAAAAAAGGGGUUUUACAAAAGACGAAAAGUGUUUCUCCGGGCUUAUAUCGCGUGCGUGCGUGCGUCAUGCCGCGGUGCCCGCCGCAAGACUCGCGAUUCCCGUGCAUUGUACGGGCGCGGGCAUACGAUGCUUCCCGCUGAUAUUAUUCCGUGUCGCGGCGGGUGUCGGGAUUGUCGUGGCCCUCCUCGGCGAGAUAUACGACGACGACGACGGCGACGGCGACGUGCGAUUGUCCUCAAAACACACCGUGUGAUGUAUCGUACGAGCGCGCGCGAGUGUUAUUUAUACGCCUCUGGUCAGCGUGGGAAAGGGUCCGAGAAACGGUUUUUGUGCGCGGAAAAGGACGGGGAAAACAUCGGCGCUACCGCCGCCGCGGCCGCAGUGCCGGCUCGUGUUGUGCGCCGCGACGGCGGUAGACCGACCCAGAUAUCGUAAAUUUCCGACGCGCGUUUGUACAAUGCAACGUCGAAAAAAUGCGGUUUUUACAAUAUAAUAAAAACAUCCGUAUCGCCCGAUAAUAACGUACGGCGUGUGUCCUGUUAUUCUGUUAACGGAAAACGCACGCCUCUGUACCGCGAUAUUGCGCGUAUUGUAAUAAUAGUAUAAUGUAUAGGUAACGGGUUUUUCGGAAGCGGUGGGUGUCGACCGUUCGGGUGGUACGUAUAUAUUCACGCAUUAUGCCGACCUUUAUUAUUAUUAUUAUUAUUUUUUUUUUUUUUCGGAUACAUAAACCCUUACCCUGUGUCCCGGCGGCACGUAUAUAUGCCGUUAACACCUUGUACGCAUAACGGGAAAGAGCGCGAUAAUAAUAAUAUUCCCGCAGCAACACAAUACCCUGUACACACAUUAUAUAAUAUUAUAAAGUACCGUAACAGUCAAAAGGAUAACGCAUUAUAACCGAUGUAUACGGCCGUCCGAAAUGACUUUUCGAGUCCGAAACUGUCGGGCGUCCGCAUUCGGGGCGACGAUAACGCGCGAGUCCGACGGGCCAUACAGCCACGGAAUAAAAUAGAGCGACGAUUUACGACUUGUCUAUAGUCCGAAAAACAAGACUGAGUCCGGCCGUCGAUAUAAUCGGUGCACGCGAAUCGCCUCCCUAGUCCAGGUAGUAAAUAUGUUUUCAUUCGAAUCGCCUCCGAAACGUACGGAGGCGAUUCGAGUACCCGGCCUACAUGCAUAUACUAGAAUAUUAUCCCUCUCUCUCCCCCCCCCCAUUGCAUACCUAUAGUCUACUGCGUUGAUUCAAUCAAACAUCGAUAUUGGAAAUUAUUACAGUAACUAUUUGAUAAUGAAUAGGUACACUGAAGCGUAUACAUGAUGGUGUAUGGCGAGGAUUUGACUGAUUUCAAUGUAAAAUAUUAUAAAAUUUUCUCGAUACAACGUUCCGUAUAUAUGCAAUUGAUAUUAUACUAUCUGUAUACGAGUAUUAUCUUUCUGUAAAUUAAUAUCAAAUUUGUGAUAAUAAUGCAUUAUCACUGUUCAAUACCUAGUAUAAUAACUACAGUAAUUAUUAUCUAUUUAUUAUAUCGAUUAAUCUGGCCUUAUAUAGGAAAUGAAUCGAGUAGACUAUUCGAUGUGGCAUCAGGCAAUUCGAGUUAACAGUAAAUUUUAAAUCGGGAGGCGAUUCGAGUAACCAUCUUGUUUUGAAAAAAUGUACGGGAGGCGGCGACUCAAGGGAUCAACGGGAGACAAUUCGAGUGUGCCCGAUGUAAUAAUGUACGGUUUUUUUUUCAUUUCUCCUGAACGAUAUUACGGAAAGUAGACUUAUAUUUUAUUCUCGGGUCGUUGCGCUCGAGCCCCCGUCAAUUUCGAUAGGACAAUGAAAACCUAUAUUGACGUUCGUAUAAUAUAAUCAUCAUCAUUAACAUACUCGCGUUGUAAUUGAAAAAGGUUCGAAAUUAUAUCCUUCCGUUCAACGAUAAAAGAAUUAAAUAGAUAUCUAAGAAUCCGAAAAAGUCUUGAAAAAAAAAAAAAAUAAAUAAAAAUAUAUACGUACUUAAAUUUCCAUACAAUUGGCUUUGUUUUUUUUUUCCAUAUAUUAUUAUGUCUCAUUUGACCCGUUCGUACACGUUAUCAGCCACGUAUACAGUAUACGCGAUAAUAACGAUUUAAAAUUUUAACGAAAUACUGCUGAAUAUUAUAGAAAUGCGUUUGAUUUUUAUAAUAAAAAAAAAAACAUAAAUAAAACCUCGCAUGCGUAAGAAAUACGCCGGCGCGUUCGCCCGUGAAAGUGUGAAUAAACCCCGUGUGUUUUUCUCUAUUUGAAAUAUGUUUCAGCAAUAGCGUAUACAUUAUAACCUACCUAGAAGUAUAAAACUCGUUUUUUUUUUUUGUGAAAUUAUAAUAAACGAAAUUUCGUCCGCGCGAUAAUAUUAUGGCCCCCCCCCCAAAAAAAAAAAAAAAAAAACCCCCCACAACCCCCCUUUUUUUUUUUUUUUUUUUUUUUUUUUAUAACGGAGCGUAGUACGCGCGCACAAACCGCUGCACAGCGUACGCCGCCGCGUAUUAUUUAUGCACGCGCGAAUCAAAAACCAUACCGGGUACGUAAUAUCUUUACGACGUGCACACUGGCGACUGUCCGAGGCCGGCUCGUUUCGUAUUGUUACCCGCGCGCAAUACCGUCCGACCGCCGUUAUAUUCAUUACGCCCGCGGUCGGGCGCGACCACCGCGCCGCGGCGAUCGGACGAGCGCGUAACGCACGCGGAAAACCGCCGUCGGAACAAACAUUAACAACUGCCGGAACGCGCAUCGUUCGCGGGCACCCGUGAGCCGCGGUAACAGCGCCGCGUCGACGUCGACGUCGGACCCAGUUGGCCGUCGCUCGGCGGUUUUCCUCUGGACGGCGCUCCGCACCCGAAAUACCGUUUUCGCGCAACGUAUUUUCCACGAGCGGACCGGGUACAGCGCGGACACGAACGCCCGGUUGUUAUCGUUUGGCGUACCGGCCGCCGUGGUUUUUGUUCGGUUUACCACGCGGAUUUCUCAACGGCUGGAUGAAAACCCGUAUUAGUGAAACGGGAGAGUGUGAUUAUUUGCGAUUCGGCGGUUUUCGGUUGGCUGAUUGGUAGGUAUCUGAGAUCACGCGUCACACAAUACGUCUUGCAGUAUUAGCCUUUUUGAUCUAUGGACUCGAGCGUUUGACAUUCACGCGGCGAAAAUUGUUUUUGCUGGGCAGAAAUGUUUCGCGGAGUUCGUUACAAGUUGGACGUUGUGUAGUUUUUUUUUUUUUGUUACACGCGCGGUUUAAGUUUUGAUUUUAACGAAAUUCGUGCAAAUCAUACGGCGUGUCAAAACGUGCAAAACCGGACUUCGCUCGAAACCGUACGAUUUACGCGGUCGCGGACUGCACACAAUAUAAAUUGAAUAACUCUCCUAUUUCCUCAAAUGUCCGUCUACUGUGAUGGCGCGCGCCUGUCAGCUGCACGGCAGUCUCGGCUCUCGUUAUUCGCGCGUUUAAACUCCGAUUUUAAUAUUAUAGGUUUUUUUUUUUUUUAAUAAGUGAAACGUUCACGUCGCUGUAAUUUUAAUAUAUACGCGUAUAUCCUUGGACGCCGAGCCUAAUGACUUACGCGUAUGCAUACGAGCGCCGACGGUUCGGACGUUUACGUUAUGAUUUACGACUAGGUGCGUAUAUAUGUAUAUAUAUAAACAUCGUGUACGUGUCAUUGUUAUAACGCGUAAAAAACAUUUCCCGGUGUAUCCGAUAAUCAUUUAUUCACGAGUAUUUUGGAUCGUUCGCGAAAUUAUUGUAUAGCGGUCGCGGUUGUCCCGAGGUUGAUACCGCUAUUUAAUGGUAUACGACGCUGCACGUUGCCGUGUGACGCGUUCGGUCAGUAGCGGAUUUACUGGUGGGGAUGGGGGGGGGGUCCAGAAGGUCACUGAUAUGAUUUCAUUAAAUUUGGUCCGAAAAAAAAAUAGGCAUCUUUUAACAGAAAUACCUUUUAAAUACAUAUGAUUUUUCAGUACCCCUACCGGAAAAAUGUUGAAAAUCCGCUAUCGCGUUCGGUUAGACGACAAAGUAUACGAUUUAGAUCCGAUCGCUAAAAUUAUCCCAGAAACGGAACAUGUACGGAUCCGAAUUCUACAGGAAGUGCAAGAAAAAAACUGGCACGUGUCCUGCUGGAUUUACUUAAAUGAUAUUAAUCCCCGUAACGAUUAAUACGGCUAAUAAAUUGUGAUCAAUUUCAAAUGUUCUCCGGACGAUUAUCGCACAAUUCGCAACAUCGCUGCUAUAUAAGAUAUGAUGAUUUUGCGGUUGGCUGCAAGCUUCAGAUUUCGCUUUCGGAUCGCAUAUAGUUUUCGCAACAGCUGAAAAUCCGAAUCGAUCAAAGUUCGAGAAUCUUCUUUUUCCCUGUUCGUCUUAAAUGAAUCAAACAUUCUAUUGUUAUUAGAAAUGUAUUUAAACAACAAUGGAAAAAUCAAAAACAAAUGCAUAACUAUCCCCGCAUUGUUGUAGCCAUAAAACGAUUUCGAUUGAACCGACUUUGCCGCGGCUUAACCGUUUAUUUGGCCGAUUUAACCGAAUUAACCGAAAUUGCGGAAUUUGGACGAGACCGAUUUAAUAGGCCGGUUUAUAAAAAUAAAAAAUAAAAACUUGUCUGGCCGGACUGUUCGAAAAAGUUUUAUUCGCAUAAAUGGAAAUAUCCUAGUAGACACGCGUACAUUUUUCGCGAUUUUUACAAGUCGUAUAUUAUAUCAAAACGUCAACUUUAAAAAUUUUGACCUUAGCUUGACUUUUUGUUUUUACCAAUUCAAACAUCACAGACACGACCAUCUUAUUAAAUUGCCGAGCAUUUUGACGGUGUUGAAAUAAAUUAAAUCCGCAUAGAUCGAAAAAUAGUGUUGUAGUAUGUGCAAGCCAGCUAGGCGUUGGUAAUUUUUACGAUUUUAAUCUGCACGUCAAACGCGUUUGUAAAAAAAAAAAAAAAAAAAAUGUUUCGCCUCGUCGAAAAGUAAAAUUUGCAUUGUGUGCAGUCUAUUAUAAUUAUUAUAUGUAUUAUAUUAUAUACCCUAUAGGUUAUACUCGGGUUAAGUAUAUUUAUUUCUCGGCGUAAUUUAAACGCACACACCCGCAACCGUUAAACCUACUUUGCGUAAAAAAAAAAAAAAGGAAAUAAGCGUUAUGAUACUUAAUGAGUCAAUUAUAUUAUAGUUUUUUAUAAUAAUAAUUUAGUUCUCAUAUUAUUCAUGAAACUCGAAAAUUCGCUAUACAAGCAAAGCAUUAUAUACAUCAUAUAUACAGUUUUCCCCCGAAAGCUCAUUUAUAAUAAUUACUCGUAUAAUAAUCUUGUAAAAAAAAAAAAAAAGAAAUAAGAAUAAUAAUUGGAUAUAUGCAAAUUAUUUUUAUGUAUUGUUGGUAUUAUUAUAAAAAUAAUAUUUUCUUUUUUUUCUUAUACUUACUUUUUCCUACGUUGUUUGCAUAAGUUUACAUACAUACACAAUAUAAGGUUUGAACUCGGGGUUUACAGUUAACAGACGUAUUCAAUUUUUGCCCAAAGUAAAUUAUGUCUGGGACGUGAGCGUGUACGCAACGAUUUUUAAUUUUUUAGAUUCCGAAUGUAUACAGAGUUUUACACAAAUUAUUUCUUUUUUCCCUCGGGAAAAAUUUUUUCGGUUAGUAAAAACGUACUAAUUCGUUCGCGUCGUAUUUCAUAAACGACGCGGACAUUCGCUCGGCCGCGUGCUUUUCCAUUUGAACGAUUUUACAACACGGGUUUUCUGAAAAAAAAAAAAAAAACAUGUCGAAAACCCCGGCAGUAAACGUCGACGAUAUAUACGAUUUUAUUUCUGUAGAUUUCUGCGGGACAUUAAAUUAUGUACCUUGACGACACGAGGGCAUCGAAACCGCAUUAUAUUUAUGUUGCUAUAUAAUAUUCUUACGCGAAUGGAAAUGCGAUUCUGCGUGUCCGUUACUAUACCGAUUAAGUGCGGAAAGACAGACUCUACGACAAUACCGAUAUUUCGGACAAGGCAAUACGAAUAUUGCCGCUUAUCGGGAACAGAUGGGAACACGAAGACGGACACGGCAAGAAGAAGGAGAUAAUUCUUUGUAACCGAUUAUGCCGAACUCCGCUCUAAACUGUAAAUCGCCUGAUUACGAUACGUCCGUGCACAGGCGCAAUUAAGGUAAAAAUUCUGACGGAGGGGAGGGCUAUAGCCUCAAACAUUUACUUCAAUUUGAAACACAAUAUUGUAAUACAUUAUAUUGCAAUCCCGAAAACAAAUACGAACAGUUAUCAUAAAAUAUAUUAAUAUACCUAAGUAACUGUAUCCGUCGUAACGAGGGGUAGGAGCAAUUCGGAACACUGGAGAGACUUAUCCCCUCGAGCCCCUUCCCCCCCCCUAUUUGCGUCUACGCGGUCCGCGAAACUGUUAUUCCGAUCGCGUCAUAAACAAUAUUAUAUCGGCUCCUCCGUUAAAUAAUUACGUUAAUACGCAAUAACAACAACAACGACAAUAGUCUAAAGCAAACGUCAGGACGUCGGGACCGUCGCCUCCGGGCGCCACAAAUAAAAAAAAAAAAUAAAUAAAAAAAAAAAUUACAUUAUCCGUUGCGGCGGCGGCCUGAUUGCGCAGACACGAUUUCGGCGCUCGAGGGGCUGCCGCUAAUUCCCGGGCGCGCGGUCGCCCCAUUGUUCGCCGAGCCUUUGAUUUCGUUUCGUUUCGUAUUUUAUUUUAUUUUUUUUAUUUUUCCUCUGCGUAUACUCGUACGUUCUUCGCGGCCGCGUAUACACAACGACGACGACGAGACGACGGGCUCGCGCGCACGCACUUAAAUCAUAUUUAUUAUAUUUUAUUUUAUAAUACUCUCGCAUCAUUGUCAGCUCGCGUAGAACGUGCGCCUCCUCGUCCUCCUCUUCCUCCUCCUCCGCGAGACGGUUUUCGGACCGCUAUCAAAAUAAUAAUUGCGGUCGAUAAAGACUGGAACGCGCACGAUGGAAACCCGGUCGGCGGCGGCGGCGGCUGCACGCGAUUAUUCUAUAAUUCACUUUGUAUUCGCGCGGCCCGCAACAUAAGCAGAGUACCUAUAUAUCCCAACGCAGCCCCUUUUCAUUCUCUGUUGACGUUUCGCCCGUCAGACCGUUUGACACUUGAAUGCCACGGCCCUACACACACACACACACACACACACACGUGUACGAUCGUCUCUUUCCGACAAAACGUACCUAAUAAUAAUAAUAAUAAUAAUAAUACUAGUAAUAACAAAUGGAAACCGAAAAUACCCGAAACGAGAAUUUAAAACCGUCUUCGCGAAUCGCACGAUGCGAAGGACGAAAUCGGCCGGAUUAACGUCAGCAUUAUUAUUGUUAUUAUUAUUACGUUACGGCGCAGAAUUGAAAAAAAAAAAAGGUGGCCAAAAGUGAUUUUUGAAAUUUUCAAAAAAUUACAAACAAUUGUACAAAAAUACUUUCCGCGCAUUCGAAAACGUCUGACUGUUAAUCAAAAAAGUAACAUUUUACUUUUCAAAUAUAUGUUUGAAGACAAAUUAUUUUUUUUUUUUUUUUUGUUUACCUAUAAAAAUGUUCGUAAUUUCGGUAAUUUUUUAAGUUUUCGUACGCUAGGGAAUACUAUGGAAAUACAAUUAAUAUCGGGGGGGGGUUCUUUAUCAGUAUAGAGACUAUUAGUGUAUUUACCGUCAUUAUUAUAGAAAUAUUAUAUCUGCACUGUUAAUAAUUAUAGCGAUAACAGAUUAAUAUUCGUUAUAGCUUCAGCUAUAUAUACAUUUAUAAUAACGUACGGUUUCAACCAGUUCUUUCACCGACCUUCACGCCAAUAUAUAUUUCAAAUAUCUACGAGGUGUAUAUACAGUCGGUAAAUGUUUAGAUAAGUUGCCCAUAUUUGCCCCUUGAAAAACUGUAAUACCGUGUUGAGUUUUAGCCGCGUUUUUUUUUUCAAUUUUGAACGCACAGUGCGGCGGCGCGGUUUUCGGUUUUUAAAUUUCGAUUUUCCACCGCGACCUCUAUACCGCACGUUUGGGCUUUUCGAUUCGUCGUCGCGUUCUCUCGGUCAAGAGCAGGGGCGCAAGGCGACUGUGAACCUGCGGUUUACCCGUUAUGGCCGGGGUUACCCGAGCGCGUCCGGAAAUUACCUUUUUUUUUUUUUUUAUUUAUGUCCCGGGCGCGUCCCAAUAAAAAAAGAUUCAUGUUUUUUCAAUGUUGCCGCGUUCCAGUUCGUUGAGAGUUAUCCGAGGUGCACCACGAGUAUUACGGUAAUUUCUUUAUCUUGAAUUACGCACAUUAUGACUGUGUUAUAAUAAUUUUUUGAGCGCCAUAUCUACUGUACACAUUGCACUAAAAAAUCGCCGCUCUUUUCAAUAAACUUGUACCUCGCAUUCGAGUCCAUCCACGAUUCGGGAAGUUCCCGAGAGUAGAGUUUUCCGUCGAAAUUGACGGGUUUCGGUGUAUUAUCACGUCCGAUAUAUCGACCCGCGAUGUCGUUUAAGGGACUCGGUGUCAAUCGUUCAAAUUUUCUUUUUAAAGGAAUGAUUUUCUUUAGGUAUAUGUAAGAAAGUUAUACAAGUAAAUUGAAUAAAUAAUGAAAAAAAAAUCUUUUCGGUAUGUAAUGGCUAGGGAUAUAAGAUUUUCCAACCGAUCUACUAUACCCGAUUUAGAGGACGGAAUCGUUUUUAAUGACGAUAGUGACUUCGCGUCGAUUCUACACCGAACUGUACCGCCAUUUCCGCGAGUUUUCGUGGGCUUAACGACAUUGAUACCGGGCGCCUUAUCCCAUAUAUACAUAAUAAACGUUACGGUUUAUGCUGUGGUUAACGGUGUUGAGUGUUUACACAUCUUUUGUGUGCGAAAAUCGCGAACUGUUACAAUUUUUUCGAAACCGUAUCGCGUCUCGCAUAACAAGUUUUAAAACGCCGGAAAAAAAACCAACGUUUAAACGCAAACGAUAUUCUCACCUUGAAGUUCGAUAAUAUAGGCCAAUAUACGUAUAUGCAUGUAUAUAUAUAUGUACAUUUAUACUAGCUCUAUAAUGUAUCGAAAUCGACGGCGCGAAAUAGGCCGGCACGAACGAACGAACGACAACGCCGACCGAUUCCGCAACGUUUACCGUAACACGUAUCGCAGUACUAUUCGCAGUGAGCGUGGCCGUGUGCGUCGGGCGCGUGAAAAUCACGUCGUGGGCGCGGGUUUCGCGGAAAUCGAUUCGUCUUGUUCCGGGCCGGAACGCUCGCGUACGCGUACAACGAUAUUGUAUAACGUGGUGCGCGGACGAACGACUUGGCGGCGCGGUGCGCGUGCGCGCGACGCGUUCGCAUGUCCGUCGGCCAUACACCGUGGGAAAUCGCCCGGGGAUUAAUUGUUUUUAAUAAUAAUAAAUAAAAAAAAAAAAAUAAAAAAAUAAAAAAAUAAAGGAAAAAAAAAAAUACCGAUCGCAGAGCGGCGGGUCGUUCGUACCACGUAUACGCAAUGUUAUUAUUACAAUAUAUUCGGUUGCCCGAAUAAUUUCGACGAGACGGACGAUUACGGCGCGUGUGCGCGGCAGGACGGAAUACCUAAUAAUAUUCUCAUUCAUAAUAAUCAUAAUUCCGCCCGAUAUUAUAAUAGCGCCGCGUUCAAAUAACAACCGAAACGGCCGCCCGGGGACAUAAUUAACCGUCACGUUUUCUUAUUAAAACCCGAUAUUUGUGUUGGGUCUUAUUUAUGUGGGCAUAUAGCGGCGGGUAUAAAUAUAUGUACACGUAUGUACGGAGGCACAUACGCAAGACGGGACGAUGACUUAUAUACGGACGUUUCGUCGGUCGCUUCUGUUUUUCGCUUCUGUAUAUUAUUGUGUGGCUGCUGUACACCUAAUAUACGUUUCGUUUAUGUUUAUUAUUAUUUAUUUUUUUUUUUUAUUUUUUUAAUGUUGCCGCGCUCGUCCGAACCACCGAUAUUAAUAAUAAAUUCGGAAUAUAAUUAGAAAAAAAAAAAAAAACCAACGUACGUUUCAAAAAUAACCGCGGGGCCCGUCGAGUGGAAUGAUAAAAUAUUAUUAUUAUUAUAUCGGGUAGGUAGCCGCCAGUGUACCUAUAAAGGAUGACACGGAAUAUUACCAACGCCGUAAUAAUAUUAUUAUAUUCGCGCUCGUUAAAAAAAAAAAACAACAUGUAAAAUAACCGCGAGUUGCUACCGCGCAUGACGGGGGCCCGCGGGAAAUGAUUCAUCGGAGUGGGGUAUAAUAAAAUCAAACGCCGAGAAGUAAUCGAAAUAAAAUUAUAUUUUACAUUUUAAAAGUCCCGGGGGAAGACGGGCAGACGUCUCGUCUUGACUGCCCCUCAACGCCCCCCGUGCUACCGCGUAUUAAUAUCGUUUGAUCCGUUAUGGAAUUAUGUUCGGAAAAAUACCCGUUUACGGCGUACAGAGUACGAGAGAUCCGAGGACAAUAUAUGACACUGCGGCAUAAACAUUUGUCGCGGAAAAAAUUAUUCGUUUUUUUUUUCCGUCGAUGGAAAUUAAAAAAGAAAAAAAAAUGUCAACGUCUAAAUGUAUUUAAACUGUGUUCAAAAGCGGGAAGUGAUUUCGACCUUCCCCUCCCUCACGUUACAGAAAAUAUAAGGGUGACCUAAAAUUUUAGAACUGUUGUUUUCUAAAAAAAAAAAAAAUAAUAAUAAUAAUAAUAAUUCCCAAGCAAGCCGUAAUAUUAACAUUAAUACGAUUCUGCUGAAUAGAUUUUGAAAACAUCGGGCAGUAAUAAUUUUCGUCGGUCCGUCCCAACUUGAAAACCGACGGUCGGAGAGGUAUAAUAGUUCGAUCGGUACACGAGACGGACCAGAGAUGGAUCUGAACCAUAUUUAAGGGGAGGGGGGUGGAGUGAAUAGGAAUAUUAUUUUAUGAACUCUGUGUGAGAACAGACGCGACGACUCGACCAACGUGACUGAAGCAAUUUUAAUCGUAAAUAUCGGUUACGACAAUGCAGCUUUGCGUUUAUUCAUACAGUUGUUUCAUUCGCGAACCCGUCGGUGAUUUUUGUUUUUUCCCGUCUGUUUUCGCCCGUUCGCCGUGAACGCAACGGACGGUCAUGUCGGGUUUAUAACGCGCGCACGUAAUGCAGCACACGCGGCGGGCCAGCGCUCGGCGGCGGCGGCGGUGAGCAAGCGCGUGAUAGAAAUAAGACUCGUAUUUGCGCUACGGAACGUUCCGGGGGAAAAAAAAAAAAAAAAAAAAAAAAAGGGUCCGAAAAUCUAACAACGGCGCCGCGGCCGGACAAUAUUAUUGUAUUAUUGUCGUGGAAAUUCGCGGGGCAUUUAAAACCUAUUCGCGAGACGGACGAUAUUGUUGGGCAUUGUUACGUUUUUGUCGUGCCGUCGCGCGCGCGGUUUCGUCCGAUUGCCGCGAUAAUAUUCGCGUACACACACACACACACACACGCAUGCAUACAUAUUAUACACACGUCGCACAGUACACGAGCGUUUCGACCGGCGCGUCGAAAAAACCCCGACGUUUUCAAGCCCGCGCGCGGAACCGUCCCGGAUCGCGUUUUCGAGUGAAGUUUUCCAUUCGGCACGACGCGGUUUUAAGGUAUGCGCCGUGACCCGUGCAGCGACGUGGUGCGGUCGGAAACGAACGGGCACCCGUUACCCGGCUCUCCGAAAACGCGUUUUUCUCUUUCUUUCUGCGCGACACAAUGUCGCGUUCGUAAUGUGCGCACGCUUGCGACGGCGCCCGCGUAAAUCGGUAGCCGGACGGAGAAUAAAAAAAUAAAAUAAACGACCGACGGUCCCGCCGCGUAUAACGAAUAACGUAUCACGCAUAUGAUUACACAGGCGCAUGCGUAUAAUGUGUGCCCCCGAUGUUAUUGUAGAAUUUUAAGAGAGAGACGGAGACCGCGGACCGCGACGCCGGACGAAACGUUGGAUUCACGACGAACGUUUUGCCCGGGAACGCGCGUUUAUAUUUUAUUAUUAUUAUUAUUAUUAUUAUUAUUUUUUUUUUUUUGUAAGCCAAAGGCUAAACACGUCUCGUCCAAACGCUCGUGUGUAUGAAUACGGGUGCCUAUACAGUAGAAGAGGUUCGCAGUGUUUAUAUCUUUGACGGUGUGUGCGCCGUCGAACGAUAAUUAUUCAUUGUGCGUGCGUGUAAAACAUACGUACGGUAAUAUUAGACGCCCGGAGGACGUAUUAAUGAACCCGUUUUUUUUUUUUUCGGGACGGCCUUCGUACGAUAUUAUCAUAAUGUUAUUACGCGGUGCUAUCGUUUUUGUGCGCAGGUUGUGUCGCCCGUUUCCCCUCCCCCCUCCCCGAAAAUAAAUUCUAACAUGUCCGAUGUCUUCGCAUCCCGUUACGAACGCGAUCGCGUUCGUAAAUACGAUAAAUCGCGUUAAAAAUAGUUUUUUUUUUUUAAUUAAUUUUUUCGUUUUUUUUUUUUUUCUGUUCGGUUACAGGUUCCCGAUUUCCAAAGCGCUCUGACCGGCAAAUCUUGCAACGAAGGAUGGCCCACCGAGCAAGAGAUAAUGGUAAGUAGCGCCGCCACAUUAUCGUCCUAAUACUUAUAUAUAUAUAUAUACACACACACACACACAUCCAGUUUCCCGGGUGUGUACGUUUCCCCGGCCCGCCCGACGACGGCGGCGGUUCCGUCUCGUGUAUUCGGCCGCCGUUUUUUUUUUCGAUUAGGCCGCCCGAACGAGCGCGCGGUAGAAAAUGGAUUUUAAACGCGUAUACCCAUCACCGGUGGAGAAAUAAAAAACAACGAAAUAAAGCCCCGGGCCCGUACGGCGAGAGUAGUAUAUGAGUGAAAAACACUCUGCGUGCAUCGCGCAUUAUUAUAAUAAUAUUACACGUACCGAGACAGACGGGGCGAAUGAAAAUAUUCCAAAAAAACCGCUUCAUCACUACUAUACGGCGUCGUCGGUGUCGAAUCUUUGAACCCGCGCGCGACGACGUGACAUGUGGCGCCACCUAAUCUGGUGAUAUGUUAUUACUGUUGCUGCUGCUGCUGCUGCUGCUGCUGCUGCUGCUGCUGCUGCGCAUAAUACGGACGGAAGAAAAGAAGCCGUUCAAUAAUAUUAUACGACGACGAGUAAAUAAUAUAAUAGUACGAGUCCGCGGGAGAAGAAAAAAAAAAUAAAUAAAAAAAAUACAAAAAUAGUAAUAAAAAAAAAAAAAAAAACCACGAAUCUCCUCCUCCGUGCAGUCGUCCCGUCUCCGCGAGGCCGCAGCAGGUAUACACACCUACCCGUGACGCGUAUAACAAUAAUAUAUUGCCGGUAUACAUACAUAUAUGUAUUAUACUAUAAUAACGUAUAACGAGAUAAUAUUCUUUGUGUCAUUUCGCCGAUACGACGUAUAAUAGUUUAUUUUUUAUUGUUUUUUUUUUUUCCCCGAUAAGUUAUUACUGUUGCAUAGGACUCCGGACGUUUAAAAUCCACAAAAAAAAAAAAAAAAAACGCUUAAAAACGUCGAAAAAAUAAAAAAACACGGCGAAAAAAUCACUGGAAAAAUCGAAAAUGGUAAAGGGUCUUGCAGCUAUAGGUCUCCUCUAACGACUCUUAACUAAUUAAAUACAACGUUUAAACACGCGACGAAAACGAUUAACACAAAAUAAUUUUUUUCUAUAAUACAAUUUUACAACGUACAAUAUUAUAUUAUGAAUAAUUUUUUUUUUUUAAAACGCAGUAAUUUAGUAUGCGAUUUUAAGCGUAAAAAGCCGUACGGUUAUUACGAUUUGACGCAGCGAAAUUGAAAACGAGCGUUAAUUGUCAUUUAUUUUUUUUCGCGUUAUCGGCUUACACGCGUCGUUAUCACAAUAAUAUUAUUAAUUAUAACUAGGGCAGAGAAUUUCUAGUGCUUUAACAAUCUAAAAAUAUCCAUGCACGUAUGCGCUUAAAAUUCAAGAAAUAUGCAACUGUGAUUAUGCAAUUAUGAUUAGUUUAUUAUUAAUAAAUACAUUUUUUUCGUAGUCUUCUAGAUAUUUUUGUUUUCUUUCUUCGUUUUCUUCCCCUUCAUCUUGAAGUUUCAGUUGCACCGAUCAGAUGAUAGUAAAUUACCUAACCGAUAAUGAACAUAUUACUUUUAAAUAUAAAAUUGACCAAUGUGUUCUUUUUUGACUCCGAUAAUUUAUUAGAAUUUAUUUCGAAAAUUGCCAAAUAUGUUCUUAAUUUUUCUAAUAUUCUCAAAUAUGCAUUCAUAUACGUAAUAACGACAAAAUAUGCAGAAUGCAGUUUUGAAUGUGAUCUCCUCGUGUUUGAAACACUUUUGUUUAUCACUAGAAGUGUUCUACGACCGUUCUAAAAAAUACGAAAAAACUGUAGAAGUCCUCGGCCUUAAUUAUAAACAUUAAGUGCGGGGCGGCCAAACGGCGUGAGACCAGAGACGAACGAAUUAUCGCGUUUCGACGAACCGAACGAAAAUGUUUUGACGGUAUAAUAUUUAACGCCUAAUAAAAAAAAAGAAAAAACAACGUGAAACGAUUCGAAUUUUUACACGAAACGUCGUGUUUAGCAGUAUAAAACCGCACCCGGGACUCGAAUAUUUUAUACUCUUUCGUUUUUGCAUAAUAUUAUAGACGGAUAUUAAAAAAAAAAAUUACAAACUGCGACCGUAAUAAUAAUAUUAUUGUUGCGUCAUAAAAAUCGACGACGUGUAAUAGUAUGCAAUGUAGUCGUACAUCAUAUUUUAUAAUAUAGGUAUACGGCAAUAUUCACUGCCUUGAACUGCUGCUGCUGCUGCUGCUACAACAGUCGUGUUACAGUCACUGGUUAGUGUAUAUACAUAAUAUACAGGGUGUAACACGCGCGAUGAUAUGGCACUCGUAAUGAUUUUCGUUUGAAAAAAAAAAAAAGGUUUAACGCGCUUUCUUCCGCGCGAUAAUAACGAGUAAUAAUCAACUAUGUAGAUCCGGAAGUAUUUAAAUUCUUAAAAAAAAAUCGUGUUUGCAGAACCCGUUCUAGACGGUCUGCGUUCUAUUAAACGCUUUUUAAUGCAUUUUAUAGCGAAAUGUUGGCGUUACGAAUGUUUACUGACGGCGGAUCGUUAAAUUUCUUUGGUUCUUCGCGGUUUUAAUUGCCAUAUUGCUAAUUAAUAAUAAUGCUGUCAUAAGCGGUUUACCAGUUUGCCAAAGAAAAAUGAUUUCUGUAAGCUACGCGUGUCGUUAUGGCGAAUAUUAAGUUUUACGAUGCGAAAUUAUAUUUUUCGAAAUUCAUUUAUGAUUAAGUGUUUACCCGUGUGUUUUGGAUUAUGUAAACUAUACGGUUUUUUUUAAACAAUUUAAAUUUGUCGUUUUUAGUUUUCAAAUUACAUAUGUGCCUAUACCUACUAUACGUGAAAUAGAGAAAUCUUAAAGCGCGAGAUUUCAGAAAUAAUUACGCGAAAAAUAAACCGAACGGAGUACGAAAGGUAUUCCGGAUGUCGGAUAUUCGUGUUACACCCUGUAUGUUAGAAAAAAAAAAAUAAUGUAAAAACUAAAAUGGUUAGCCGCAACGGACUAGCUGCUAGUGUUAUUAAUAUAUUACAAAAAAAAAAAACAAAAAAACAAAAAACUAAUAGUAAUUACCCGCGGUCUCGUAUAUACAUAUUUCAGUGUAGUGGUAUUAUAAUAUAAUUACGCCCUUCCACAAUUUCCGAAUAGAAACGUGCGCAACACGCGUUUGUGCGUUAUAAUUUUUUUAUUUAUUUAUUUAUUUUUUUUUUUCAUUAUUAUUUUCUCGUUUGCGCGUUAAUAUAUGUAUUUCGAACACGCCAUCGCACGCCGAUACGAAAAAAAAUAAAAAAAUUGAAAUUUCGAAUAACACAACGUACAUACGCGCGUAUGAACAAUUUGGAUUUCGAGCGGUAGCGGUCUAACGGGCGAAUGAGCGUGAGGGCGAUAACCGACCUGCGAUUCUCUCCCGUGUAACUUUUUCCCUCUGUCGUUUAUAAUGAUGUGUAUUUUGUACGUCUUUACCCAUGUAUUUAUAAAAAUAAAAAAUGUAAAUAAUUGUAAACGUUCAAAAAUCAACCUACCCCCCCCCCCCAAAAAAAUCAUUCGAUCGCUACAAUAUAAUUCCGGGUGCGCGACAGCGAAAUCGCUAUAUUACUAUUAAAACCUCUGUUUCAAUUACCAAAUGUUUCGAUUUUUUCACUGAAUGGGGAUUUUUCACCCGGCAGUAACUCUACUUUAUUCGAAAAGUAAUUUUCAUAUUUCCAAUAGUUUAUUUGAAAAACGGCAGCGGCAGUUCAAAAUCUACGGUAUUUUUUACUAACAGAGAAAAUGAAUGGAAACACAUUUUUGAACUCAAUAAGGAAUAAAGAAGUUAGAAAAAAAAAAAAAAAAAUGUAAAAAUGACUGACAUCCUACUUCGCCCGUUGGUGCAGCCACUGUUAGCGGGAAUUUGGAAAGAUAGAAUACAAACGGGAAUUUAUUGUAUAUCCGUAAGGAACGAUAAACCAUUGCUUGCGAAAAAACGAUACUGAGCGGAGUUCAGUUGAUAGUGUUGCUUUGUCAACAAGAUGCAUAUGUCAUAUAUUAUGGUAAAACGAUUACAAUAAUGUGCGUUUUCAUGUCAAAAAUGAUUGUUUAAAAAGAAGAUUAAAAUAAUAAAAACUUAAUAAUAACAAAAAAUAAAUAAAAACGGUGGCCAAUGACAACGUUAUUUUUAAUCUAUUGAUCUUUUUCGACCUAUAGACCGAGGUUUUUCUCAUUAUCUCGAAUACGAAUGAGAAUUUCAAAAAAUUACUCCUUUAAAGUACCACCCAGAGAACAUUUCCUUUCGGAAAAGGCGCUAUUGUUGAUAAUCAGAGUAUGCUUUCUAGUAGUAAAAAAAAAAAAAAAAAAAACCGUCAUUGUAAAGUCAAUAUAUUUCUGGCUCCGCUCGGAAUCUAAAAAAUAAUAGUAAUAAUAUUCGGCAAAUAAAACAGAUGUAUUUUAACCCCCCCCCCCCCCCCCCGGUUGAAAUAUCGACGUACGUAAUAGUAAAACACACUGAUCGCAGGUUACGAGAAAAUAAAAUACGAAUAAUUAUAAUACACACUGAUGGUCUUACUGCGGUUCAUCGAGCCCCGCUCAGAAUCGUUUGCCGUUCGUCCGUCGCUCUCGGCGAUUCGGCCGGUGUGAACCGUAAUUUACACCUGUUCGCGCAAAUCGCAUCCUUCCGAAUUUCCCUACCUUUUUCGUAACGAGGCCGCUCUGUUCCAUCACAGAACAUCGCGUUAGUGAUCGCGCGGAAUCGGCAUUGAAUGAUUUUCGAACCGAACCGCCGGGUAUUCGGUAUUCGAUUUUCGAACGGUUCGUCGCGUCUCCGGAUAUUUCACAACGCGCUGUCGGACCGUGCUACGGUAUAUUCGAAUAUAAUAACAUUGACUUUUUUUUAUCGGUCGGUACCCGCACCGUACAAUAUAUACGCAUGCGUGUGUAUCGUUCGUUUGUUGCGUAUGCGAGCGCCGCCGCACAAUAGUAUGCGGAGAAAAAAAAAAUAUCAUCUUAUUGAAUUUCGGUUUUUUUUUUUUUUUUUUUUUUUAUUAUCGUUAUUAUUCACUUUCUUUACACACUUGCAUGUAUAAUAUUAUUAUAUAUUAUAUAUACUUUUGCUAGCCGCCGCCGCCGCCGCACAAACCGCACACUCAUCGUCAUUAAAACGAGCGCAUACAUUGAUAAAAAAAAAAAAAAAAAAAAACCGAGUAAAAUAGUGUAUAUAUAAUUAAUUUUAUGACGUCGUCAGUUAUAACGCGGUUGACUAAUGGCGCGCGCGCGGCCUUAUCUACGUAUCGUCAUCUUUUUUUCUGUUAGCUAAAAGAAUAUAAACAAGGUGCAGUGCCUUCUUCUUCUUCUUUUUCGACGUCGUCGCAGUCGUCUCCGGCACCUACGGGCCUCGGAAACUAACGGGUUCCUGUCCUAUACACGCGGCCGAAAACGACGGCGAGACUCGCGUAUAAAAUUAUCACGCGGUACGUUUUUUUUUUUUCGUGAACGGAAACGCAGAGUUACGGACGGCCGUCGCGUACAGUGUAUUUUUUUUUUCAUUUUCCUACCGAAUAUUAUUUCCCCUCUCGACCCUAUCAGCCCUCCCUCUCCCUCCACCGUCCGUAUUGUUGUUAUUAAUUCGUUCGAAAAAUUAUCAUAAUAAUAAUACGAAUAUUGCAGUAUUGUAUGCACGUGAUAAAUCGCGUGGGCCGCGUGCGCUUGUGCACAGAAUUCGAACGGUUAUAAUAGUCGUAGGUGUAUAAAAAAGUAAUAAUAAUAAAAACCCCGCCCCGCGUUUCGAAAUAUCGUAAUUUAUGCAAAUACGCGAGAUACUGUAAUUUAUUAUAUAGGUUAAAUGUCCGCGCGCGUGAAAUAAUUAUCUCGCACCACCCAUAUUAAAUUGUUGCCUAUACUGACUGUACUCGUGUAUUGAAAAAAAAAAUAAUAAUAAUAAUAGUAAUAAUUUUUUGCUCGACCGAUUUGCCGGCGAUUUCAACGAUUCUUUCCGGAAACGCCAGCGAUCGAAGUUGUACACAUAUACGGGCCGUUGACGAUUGAAUGGCAAACCGAAAGGAAAAAGGCGCGCGGGAAAAUCGAUGCGGACGACGAGAUCCGGAGAUGCUUGACGCGGCCGGCCGGAAGGAAUAAUGGAAUGUCGACGCGAGAACCCGGAAAACCGGCCGGGAAACGAGUCCGUAAAGUUCCCGGGAGAAGACUGAGACCGCGUCCGUUACGCGUGGUUCACGACACGCGCGAACGGCGAACUUUAAGAAGCGUACUGCGCCCCGACGGUUGGACGGGCGCGGAAUCGACCGCGAAAACCGAAUCUCGGUUGCGCGCGAAACGGUCCGAGUUACCGGCCGCGGCACAAUACGCGCCGUCCCCGCAGCGCCGCCGCGGUGUUUGCCCGUACGCCGUGCGUGCGCGCACACAAACGAAAACGGAAUUGGCGAUUUCGUCGAGAUUUUCGAUUAUACGCGCUGUGUAGAAGCAGCGUAAAUAACGCGCACCGCGGUUUUCACGCGUGACAGCAGCAGGUCCGCAGGUGUAUCGCGAUAUUAUUAUUAUUAUUAUUAUUAUUGUCGUGCGGAAUUUUACCUUUCCUCCGCCCCGGGACAAUAUGACAUUAUAUAAACGUUAUUGUAAUAUGACAUUAUUAUUCCCGAUAACUGCGCGAACGUCCGGGCGAACAUUCGGCGGUCGGAGGUCCGGGGGUUUCUUCCGACGACACAAUGCGUCCCGUCCGCGUCCGGUGUCGUGUUACGCGCGCCGUUGUUGUCGGACGUCGUCGCCGACGUUUCGUUCGAACGUCCCGCCGCCGGUGAUUUCGUCCUCGGUCAUCGCACGAAUUAUCGCCGUACACGCUCAUUGGUCUUUAACCCCGGGCCCCCGUAACCCCAUUAUCCGGCCCCCCCGUCGUCGACCAGUCGAGACCGGUAUUUCGCAUGGUUUUUGCGCGAAUCGGAGAACAAACCAACGGGCGUAAUAUGCUCUUCGCGCGUCGGGAAGGUACACAGUGGGGAAAUUUCGGAAAAUUUCGCUAACGAAAAACGGUUCCGAGCGGAGCUCGUCCGUAAAAUAUUAUUUACGUAACGAAAAUAAAACGGUUCGUAAAUGUUCCCGCGUUUGUCCCCCGUUUGCCGCGACGAAAAUCAAACGAAUUACCGUCCUAAAGAGUGCCGGCCGCGGUCAGGUUUCCUUUCGGAAAAAGUGCCGCACUCGGAAAUCGGGGCACAGCCGCCGGUAGAAAAGUUGUUGUUCGCGGAUGCGAAAAGGAAAUAAAAACACAAUUUUACGCCGAUAUGAUAUUUCCCGCUCCGCUCCGAAUCCAGAAACGAAAAUGUAUGACGACGUUCUCGGCCCGCCCGGGGGGGUGGGGGGGGGGGGGGGGGUAAACGUUUUCGAUCGCGCUCGCGGCGCAUUAUAUUAUUGGCGGCGUCCCGAAACCUCCUCUCCCCACGACGACCGACGCGUAACCGCACACGUGCGGCGCGAAUCUCCCCGGCCGUCCGGGCCAUCGGAUCGGAAGACGACAUUGAAAUAACGUGUCGUUUCUGACGUUUCGCCGGCCGCGAUAAGCGCGACGGACUAACCCGGGGAGAUCGGAUUCCGCAUUGUGUUCCAGCCACAACAAUGAAUCUUGCGCGCAAAUGACGAGUAAAUAACAGCGUCAACCCCCCGGGGAGGGCGACCGACGACGACACAAACGAUUGACGUCGUCGUCGCGGGUUGUCGAAAUCCGUUCGAGCGGUUAAUUAUAUGGUUAUUUCGGGUUUUUUUUUUUUUUUUGUUAUAUUCUUCGUCGUCGUUGUCGCCGGGGUCACGCGGUUAAAGGUUCACGUUGCACGUUACAAUCCCAUCGUCCACCGCCGGCGAAAUACCGAUAAACACAAUGGAUAAUAUUGUACACGGGGUCGUCUUGUUGACCGGUGUACCGUGUCGUCCGGCCACGUUCUCGUACGAGUGGGGCGCACGCGAGAAUUUCGUUUUCGCGACGGAUUUCGUCGACGGAAAUUUCCCGGAUGGGGAACAGCGCAUUUCGUUGUCAGUACCGUGUCACUUGUUAUCAGGUACUGAAUAAAUUGUUUCCGAUGAAACUAAAUUUUAUUCUAUUCUGUGGUUUAAGAUGGUAUAUUGUUAUUUACGUGAUUGUUGAAUGUUAAACACUCGAUUUAAAACAAAAAAAAAAUAAAAACGUAGCGAAGGAAAGCAUUUCGGAGAGAGUUUUGACCCCCUAACCCCCCCCCCCUUUGCGUACAUCACUGUUCUCGUAUAUUCGCUCGACGGGCGCUCAACAGACGCGGCGUAAUAUUAUUGGCGGCUAGCCGAUAUUACGACUUUUUUCCGCGAUACCCGCGAUAAUCGAUUGUUUACCACAGAUAUAUUAUAAAAACCGACGAUACUCGAUCCGAAAUUUUAACACAAAAACUGCCGCAGCGAACCGCGACAUUAGCAUUAACCGAUUUAUCAAAAAAAAAAAAAAAACCGAUAACCUAUCGAUGAUAUUUACCAAUUUUUAGAUUCGUUUUAAUUUCUUAAAUGAUAUACAUUAUUUACAAUAGCUCUUUGCUUUACGUCAGAUUAGAAAAAACGAUUUUCUCAUAUCUAUUAGCUACUAUCGAAAUUCAAACGUUUAUUGAAAAUAAAUGUUUUUUUUUUUUUUUUUUUUUUUUCAAAAUUAAAACCCGAUAUCCGAUAUUCAGAUAUCCUCAAUGUCGGCUGAUAUACGAUAUCGGUGUCGUCGCCGCUCUUUAAAAUUAUUUCACCUGACUACGUUUUAUAGAUAUUGGUGCCACCGCCUCCGGCCAUCAACUCGCAUUUUCUAACUAAUAAUAAUUUAUCAUAAUAAACGCGAAAACGAAUUUUCGGCCGGACGGACGUGUGUUCGUUACCCGCAUUUUGCGCGACCAUUACGUGGUCGCCGCACGUUUCCCGGGCCGCAACGGUAACGCCGCGGUAAACGGUGGACCGUGUGUCGAAUGUCUCGCCGUUUUUCGGCCGAGUGCACAUUUUCCUCCUUUUUCGGCCGAGGGCACAUUUCCCUCCUUGUUCGUCCUGUUGUUCCGUCGGGAUGCUGUUGUACCGGCGCCGCGCUUUCGACGUCCACACUCCCGUUUCCGUAACACGGAAAUUGUGUUGUUGCGUUAUUCGGGCGCCGGCUUCUGUUGCCCGGACGGUCGGUAUAAUAACGCGUCUAUGCCCGGGUCGUAAUAUCACGGGAGACCAUCGCCGUGCCCGUCAUUAUUAUUUCCUACGUCCCGGCUCCGCGUAUUAUAAUAUAUGGAAAAAUAUGAUAAUGAUUCGAAAAUAACGUAAUAAUAAUAAUAAGUAAUAACAGAGCCGACGGUCCUCAUUUUUUUCUUCAAUCUUCUUCUUCUUCUGUACUUCUCGUGAUGUUUUCGGACGUUGUAUAUAUAUAUAUUGUAAUAUACAAGACGGAAUAAUAAUAAUAAAAAAAAAAAAAGGUUAAAAUUAUUAUUAUUUUUUGUUUUUUUUUUUUUUUUUUUUUUGUCUCGCCAUUGGCUAUCGAAUAAUAUUAAAAUAUAUACAUGACGUAUCGAGAUCGAAUUCGAAUGCGGCCGUCUUAUCGAAAAGAAAAGAAAAAAAAAAUUAUUAAAUAACAUAAUGAUAAUAAUUUAAAAAUCUAAUUUAUUCGGAACGGUACACGAGCAAUACAAACGGACAGACGGACACACGAGCGUAGGUAUAUUUUUGUUUUGUUUUUUUCCCCCGAACACGUAACACGUUUGUUUGAGGCCCUCGGGCGCGUUCGCGGCAAUGCGCGGCCGCAGAUUGCUGAUGUGUGUUUCAAGUUGCGUGUUGCGCGCGUAACACUGGAUGCACCUGGGCGAAACCGUCGACAAACGUCCAGGUCCUCGGUUAGGUAUUCGCGGAGAGUGGGGUCGGCGGUUGAUGAGACGCCGGAGUGCCGGCACCGCGGAUACACAUGGUGUCGGGUGAUGGAAAACUGCGGGGAACGGCUUUAACAGUUUCGCGCAUUUUGGAAGCGAGAUCGCGACAAGCGGCGCCGUAUAAAAAAAAAUGAAACGGAGUGCGCAUUACACGCAGAGCGUGUACGGUAACACGUAUCGUGUAUCGUGAUAGCCGACCGAAAAUGAUCGUAACGGCAAAUACGUAAUUUUACGCGAUUUCACUAAAACGGCUAGUACGAACGGCCUUAUCCAGGGGUUACGCGGUGUUUAUCUGAAAUGAUCAGCAGGCUUUACCUUACACGCUACACUUCUUCCGCGUUUUCGGUAAACAAUAAAAAAAAAAGGAAAAGGGACCUACUGGUUUAGACCGCGCUGUGCUCCGCGGGAACCUCGCCGUGUAGCGCGCACGCGGCGGAAACGCGGUUUGCAAGACCGAAAAGCCGAACAAUUGUAGCCUUCAAAAGGCGGCGCUGCGAGGCAGAAGAGUUCCGGGAGAAGAGCCUUACGGAGAGAAAGAGAAGUCAAUACGGGGCCCCGCGGUCGUACGUCAGAAACGGGCCGUCCAGUGAAUAAGAGACUGCGCUUGCGGGUACCGACGGUAAUUGACGCGCGUCGACGGAAAGACUGCGCAGAGCAGGAAGUGCGAGCGACGGAAAAACACACCGCGGAUUAAAUACUCGUAUGCGGAACCGCGUAACGACCGUAAUACGAUCGUUUGAUACAGCGCGGGGUUGAAAAAAGCGAAUCGUUUGUGUCCGUCGGGGCCCCAUCUCGGAAAAUCUCGAAUUCGGUUCGUUACGGAAACGCCACUCGCGAUUCGCCCGAACACCGUGAUAACGAUACGGACGCGUACUUUGGCCGAUUAUUGAUCGCGAUCCGGUCCGAUUCGCUGGCGGUCGUCGCCGGUUUUUUUCAGUUUAAAUCUCGAUGGGUGUUUUUUUUUUUUAUUAUUUUUUUUUUUUUAAAACACCGACCGGUUCGACGCGAUUGUUCAGCGCCGCUUGUUACGCGUCAUCCGAGACAGCGACGUUUCGUCGUAAUAGUAUCGUUAACGUUUUCGCGCGACCUCAAGUGGCCCGCGGAUAACUGCGACAUUACCGCGCGGCGGUAAAUGAAUUUUUGUUUUUACGACUCCGGCGACUGUGACGCGCUCGCCACUCGCGCGCGUCACCCGUCGCAAUUACCCGUCCUUUGGGUUAUUUUUUGCAAAAUCAUUUUUUCCGCGACGCCGCCCGAUAAACUGUGACGCACGUCAUGUCACGUCCGGCAGGCGGCGGCGGCGGCGGCGGCGGUUCAAACGAAUCCCGAUGCGCGUAUAAUAUAAAACACAUCUCCGCGGGUCGUUAAUACCCGACGUGCCUGUAAUGCCUGCUAUACGUUUAUGAUCAUCGCCUCGGUGUACCGUGCGCACGAAGCCCUCACGAACCUAAACGCGCCCGGCACGAACCGGGAAAACGUUUUUACGCUAGAAAUGUUCGUAAUUUGUUAACGGCGAGGAAACGGCGUGCCGUUACGCCGCGCGAUAAAAGUUUACACACUUUACAGUUUAAAACCCCCGGGGGAGGGGGGGGGGCAACGGCUCCCUCGCUCCCGAAAACGCCAAAUGCAUAUCCUUGUUCCUAACCCGUUUGUCCCGUGUUGUUACAGGAACAUCCCGGUCUCCGGAACACUCCGCUGGCCAUGCUGGCGGCGCAGUGCAACAAGCUGCAGAGUAAAUCGCCGCCGCCGCUCGCCGACGCCGCCGUGGGCAAAGGAUUUUACCCGUGGAAGAAAAGCCCGCAACAGCAGUCCAACGAAAUGUCCGGCUCGCCCUUGCAACAACAGCAACAACAACAGCAGCAGCAGCAGCAGCAACAGCAGCAACAGCAGUGCCAACAGCAGCAACAGCAACAGCAACAACAGCAGCAACAACAGCAGCAGCGCACGUCGUCGAGCACGGCCGAGUCACCCAGGCCCGUGGUCACGUCCACGACGUCGGCCCCGUCCACGCCCGUGCCGCCGGGUGCCGGUUACCCGCCGCCGCCUCCGCCGCAUCACGGGAACAUCUACUUCGGUGCCGGCCACCAAACGCUGGCCGCGGACAACAACGGGCACCACCACCACCACCAGAGUCCGUUGCUCGGCAAGGUCGACAAUCACAGCGCCCUGUACGGCCGCCAUCCGUACGAGUGGCCGUUCAACUCUAUGGGCACCGCCGGACACCACGCGCCCACCAUCAAGACCGAGUCCGUGAAUCCCGCCUGGUGGGACGUGCACGGGAGCGGAUGGCUGGACAUGAGUGGAGGUAAAUACACUAAUUUUAUAGGUCCCCGUAAUACGCAGCGCGCGUUACGUUUUUUUUUAUUAUUUGCGCGGUAAUGCAUUCGGCGUGCAAUCGAGUUCGAGCGAGCGAUCGACGCGCGCUCGCGCAAUGCGCGGUACAAAACCGAUACCAUCGGGAACACGUUCCGUAUCGGGUAUUCGGUGACUUUCAUUUUAUCGGUUUUUUUUUUUUUUCUUGUUCGCAGGCAUGCACGCCCAGAUGGCCAACUACGCGGCGCAGUCGGACUAUUCUUCGCUGAGCCACUCGCUGGCCGCGUCGAACACGGCCCACCACCUGUUCUCCAACCAGCACUUUUUACAGGACACGUACAAGUCCAUACUGCCCGGCGCCCAGACGUCGUUCGGCCUCGGCCACCACCAUCACCCGUCCGUCGUCACGUCCUCGUCGUCGUCUUCGUCGGCCACGUCGCCGGCCGGUUCGGCGGCCGCAGCGGCGGCGGCCGCGGCGGCCGUCUCGGCAGCGUACAAUACGGCCCCGCAGACGCCGUCACCGCGGACGCAGCGCCGGUACACGGGCAGGGCCACGUGCGAUUGUCCCAACUGCCAGGAGGCCGAGCGGCUGGGCCCGGCCGGCGGUCAUCUCAAGAAGAACGUGCACAGCUGCCACAUACCCGGUUGCGGGAAAGUGUACGGCAAGACGUCCCAUCUGAAAGCGCAUCUCAGGUGGCACACGGGCGAACGGCCGUUCGUGUGCAACUGGUUGUUCUGCGGCAAGCGGUUCACGCGGUCGGACGAGCUGCAGCGGCACUUGCGCACGCACACCGGCGAAAAGCGGUUCGCGUGCCCGGUGUGCAACAAGCGUUUCAUGCGGUCCGACCAUCUCGCGAAGCACGUCAAAACGCACAACGGCAACGGCGGCAGCAAGAAGGGCAGCAGCGACUCGUGUUCCGACUCGGAGAACAGCCAGAGCGCGGCCGACGGCUCGUCGCCGCACCAACAGCAACAGCACCAACAGCAACAGCAACACCAACAACAGCAACAGCAGCAACAACAGCACCACCAGCAGCACGGCGUGCAAACGUUGCACAUGGCCGACGUCAUGGUGGACAUCAAGCCGCCCGUGCCCGUCGGCGGACCGGCCGGUCUGGUCCGGUGGAGCCCGGUGGUCAGUUCCGUGGGUUCGGUGGUGCCGCUGUCGCCGCCGUCCUCGCACGUCGUGCCGUCGUCGCCGUUCAUAUCGACGGUGCAGUCGUCGCAGCACAAGGACCUGCAGAAGAACAGUUUCUGCAGCUGGACGACCGCCGGCGCCGGAAAGGAGCCGAAAAUGUAUCAGGAAAAGCUGGAAUGAGCGUCGCCGCCGCCGGUGCAGUCGCCACCACCACCGCCGCCGACAGCCGUGUUCGGCGUCCGCAGUAACGACGGUGGCGGCACCGGCGGUGUCGCCUUCGCGCCCGGCGCACAGUUGUUCUCUAGUCUCCAGCAACAGUACAAAAACGGAUUUCAACAGCAGCAGCAGCAGCAGCAGCACCACCACCAUCACCACCACCACCAUCACCAAUCGCACCUGCAGCAACAACAUCAGCUGCAGGAACAGCAGCAACUGCAGCAGCAGCAGCAACAGCAGCAGCAACAGCAGCAACACUAUCACCACCAACUGCAGCAGCACCACCAGCAUUACGCGGCCCUGGGCAGCGCGUUCUACACGUACUGAGUCCGCGUAAGUGAGUUUUGUGCCGCCGCCGUGUUGUGUACAUAUACAAAUAUUUUACGUGUACGAUAUUAUUAUUAUUAUUAUUAUUAUUAUUCGGUUGUACAUAUUAUUUUAUUGUAAAAAACAAAAAAAAAAAAAAAAAAAAAAAAAAAAAAACAAUCAUAUUAUAAUUAUUAUUAUCGUCAUUAACGUUUUAUAUUAUGUAAUGUAAAAAAAAAAAAAAUAAUAAUAAAUAUUAUUAGUGUUAAUCCGACGGGGAGACAAAAAAACAAAAAAUAAAAACAAAAAAAAAAUAAAUAAAUAAAUAAAGAAACGUUUUGUCCGCUUUACGCGCAUAUAGGGUAAAAAAUAUAAUUAUUUUUUUUUUUGACAGAAAAUACCCGUUCGGCCGGCGAUCGCUCGUACAUUUGUGCGCCGCUUUUGUUCUUAUAUUAUAUACAAGAUCGUACGAUUAUUAUUAUUAUUAUUAUCAUUAUCAUUAUUAUUAUUAUUAUAUUAUAUUUAAUAAAACAAAAUAUCGUCGAUUAUUAUUAUUUUUUUUUUUUUUUUUUUGAACGAGCGAAAUAUACAUACACCCGUACUGUAACGUAUAAUAUUUACAUUCGUAAAUGCGUAUUAAUUUUCUUUUUAACGACGCGCCAACAAUACUGUACAGGUACUGGACACCGUUAUAUACGUGUAUAUCACUGUAC